AACAUGAAUUCAUAUUACGAUAUUUGUUAUAAAUGAUGUCAAAUAAUAUUAAAAAUUCAAAGAAAUGGAUCACCAAUAUGAAGAACGUAGGAAAUAAGAAAUCUUAAAAAAUUAAAAUUCGCGUACCUUCAACUUGAAUGAAACUUAUAAUCUACAUUGCAAAAAUUAACAUAGCAGUGAUCUUUAAUGUAUAUCCGCCUUGACUGAUGUGAUAAUGAAAUUCUGAUAAGAAGAGAAUGGGAGAGAAGACGAACGAGAGGUCCACGAUUAAUGUCGCGUAUAUAUAAAUUGGCGAAGGGCGAAGAAAUGUUAUGAACAUCGAGGCGCGCGAGCGCGUUCAGUUUUUGGCUAACGAAAAUUUAAAAAUAGCAAUUAUGUGCGCUAUCAGAGGCAUCUGUGGUUGUUAAGCAUUGUUAAAGAAUAGAAGAUACAUAUAAGUAGCGAAUUGAUAAUGAUGAGCCGAAAUUUAUCUGAGUUUCUUCCGUGGAGGAAGCUCAUCAGCUUGCCUGGCUCGGCUAAAAGUCUGCACUCUUCCUGUAGCCAAUGUUUACGUAGUAAUCUGCUGUUGACUGUACCAGUGAAACUUGCCUACACUUCGUAUGAAUCGGUAGAUGAAGGCGAACAAUAUACGAAGAAACCUAUUAUAAUAAUGCAUGGUCUCUUCGGCUCGAAGAACAACUGGAACUCGUUGUCAAAGGCGAUCCAUCAAAAGACCAAGCGUAAGGUCAUAGCAGUAGACGCCAGAAAUCAUGGUGAUUCUCCACAUUCGUCGAAUAUGUCGUACAAGGACAUGGCGGGGGAUAUGAUUGAGCUUUUGAACGACCUAGGCUUUGAGAGAGCCAUCUUAGUCGGCCACAGCAUGGGUGGCUCAGCCGUGAUGUAUACUGCUUUGAAUUUUCCGCAACAUGUUGAAAAAUUGGUGGUCGUUGACAUGUCUCCUGUGAGAACUAGCCCCAAUCUCAUGCAGAUGGAGAGGAUCUUCGAAGCCAUGCGUCUGGUGAUGAUGGAUGGAAAUCUUUCCCUGUCAAAAGCGCGCAAAAAUGUGGAUGAACAGCUGGCCAAGUCUAUUAAAUCUAGCUCACUGCGUCAGUUCAUACUGACAAACUUGGUGGAAGCAGACUCGGGAAAGUAUAAAUGGCGAGUCAAUUUACCAGUGCUGGAGCAAGCAUUCUCUACUCAGAUAGCUGUAUUUCCUAAUGUAGGCCCAAAGAUCUACGACGGUCCUACGUUAUUUAUAGGCGGUACCAAUAGUGAUUACAUUCAAACGAAAGAUCACAACGCGAUUAAGAAACUAUUUACCAUGGCAAAGUUCCGUUACAUCGAUGGGGCGAGCCAUUGGGUCCACGCGGACAAGCCCAAUGAAUUCGUCGAUCUUCUAACGACUUUUAUUAAUUAUUCAAAUUUAUGA